ACCGGUUCAUCUUUGGCUGCCACUCUCUCUACAUUCAAACUCUCUCUCGAGAUUCAGCGUUUCUGUUCCUGUGUCGGUUGAUUAUCUCUCUAUUCAAUCUAUCUUGAUUCAAUCCCGUUUAGAACUACAAUUCAAUCGAGUUUAUCCGGCCAAUUCCUCCAACACGAUAGACCAUAUAUAGCCGUCACCGACUGGGUUGGUUUCAUCGUCCGACCACGUUCCCUCGUAUAGGUGUCUUGCUUCUAAUUACCAUCUUAAUAGAGCUCAAGGACGAAGCAACAAAUAAGAGAAUUCUCUGAGGAUAUUCGUGAAAAGGCCAAUUCUUCAAAGGGAAAGAACGUUGUUGACACACUUGCCCUCCUCUCAUGUGAGAAGAAGAAGAAGAAAAAAGCUCCUAAAAUUACCUUUGAAGAUGACUCAUCCGAUGAAGAGAAGAACAUGUUUGAUUCUGACCCUGAGAUUAAUGAGCUGAAAAAAGAGCUGGCUCUGCUGGCCAACAAGACGAGGAAAAUAAACAAGAAGUUCACUAAGUUCAGAAAUCCUGUUACAAACAACAAAAAAAGAACUUCUUCCUCAAAUUAUUCUGAAAGAGUCGGCAGACAAUCAGAUAAGGCAGUCAUCAGUGACCCAAUGAAGUGUUUUAAAUGUGGAAAGCCUGGACACUUUGCUAAAGAGUGCCAAUCUGCCAAGAAGAAGGACUUCAACUACUAUAUGCAGAAGGCACAUCUCGCUAAACAAAAGGAGCAAGGGGUUGUCCUAAUGGCUGAACAUGAUAGCUGGCUCGAAGAUUCUGAAGAUAGUGAGCCUGAGAAUUUGGCUCUGAUGGCAAGGAUAACUGAAUAUGGAAGCGAAAGUGAUGACUCUGAAGAAGAAGACAAUGCUCCUACAUCUGCUGAAAAUGAGGAAGGAUGACAUGGACUCCGAAGAAGCCUUCAAGCAAGGAUACAAGACCUGAGCAGACGAAGAAGAUUUCUAAAAUCUUUAAUUUUGUGGAAAAGGUCUUGUAAUAGAUUUAGAAAUUGUUUUCGUUCUAGUUCUUCUGCUACUUCCUCUAGUUCUGUUUCUGACUAUUCUCUUAAGCUUUCUACUUCUCACUCCAGUUCUAUGAAUUCUUAUUCAAGUGAUUGUUUUAAGGGUGAUCAAUUAAAUUCUUC